GCAUCGGUGCCACUGAGGUUAAGGUUAGGGUUAGGGUUAGGGUUAGGGUUAGGUUUAGGGUCAGGGUUAGGGUUAAGCUACGGGUUAGGGUUAGGGUUAAGGUUAGGUUUAGGGUCAGGGUUAGGGUUAAGGUACGGGUUAAGGUACGGGUUAAGGUUAAGGUUAGGGUUAAGGUUAGGGUUAAGGUACGGGUUAAGGUUAGGGUUAAGGUUAAGGUACGGGUUAAGGUACGGGUUAAGGUUAGGGUUAAGGUACGGGUUAGGGUUAAGGUUAGGGUUAAGGUUAGGGUUAAGGUACGGGUUAGGGUUAAGGUACGGGUUAAGGUACGGGUUAAGGUUAGGGUUAAGGUACGGGUUAAGGUACGGGUUACGGUUAGGGUUAAGGUUAGGGUUAAGGUACGGGUUAGGGUUAAGGUACGGGUUAAGGUUAGGGUUAAGGUUAGGGUUAGGGUUAAGGUUAGGGUUAAGGUACGGGUUAAGGUUAGGGUUAAGGUUAGGGUUAAGGUACGGGUUAAGGUAGAGACAACAAUACAUCAUGCAAAGCCUAACCCUGGGUUAAUCUGUUGGCCAACCCUAACCUAAUCCUGGGUUAAUCUGUUGGUCAACCCUAACCUAACCCUGGGUUAAUCUGUUGGCCAACCCUAACCUAACCCUGGGUUAAUCUGUUGGCCAACCCUAACCUAAUCCUGGGUUUAUCUGUUGGCCAACCCUAACCUAAUCCUGGGUUAAUCUGUUGGCCAACCCUAACCUAACCCUGGGGUUAUCGGUUGGCCAACCCUAGCCUAACCCUGGGUUUAUCUGUUGGCCAACCCUAACCUAACCCUGGGUUUAUCUGUUGGCCAACCCUAACCUAACCCUGGGUUUAUCUAUUGGCCAAUUUUAACCUAAUCCUGGGUUUACGCCACCACAGGGCUGCAGUGUCCAUGCUGUACAGAUUGACCAAUCAGGUGAGAUUGGUGUCAUCUGUCAUGGUCGUCAGGGCAACUAGUGGUUGUGAGGGAGGUGUCUCCAUGGUGAUAUGGCUUCAGUGUUCCAUCUGUCUCUGGUUCUUCCUCUGGCCUCCAGCAGGUAAGACCUGACUACACACACACUAAUCGAACUCUGAUUAAGACAGAUUCACUCAGGCUAAUUUACACUCUCACUAAUUGUGUGUGUGUGUGCGCCUGUUUGUUUGCGUCUGUGUUUGUGUGUCUGUUUGUGUGUAUGUGUGUGUGUGUGUGUGUAUGUAUGUGUCAGGGUGUCUCUCCCCUCCUCAGAAUGUGUCUGUAGAGUUUCUGGACUUCCACGGGACAGUCCACUGGCUGGCCGGAGCUGACAACACCAACCAUGCCCACUACUCUGUAGAGAUACAAGCACUCAGGUCAGUGGCAGGGUUUCAGUGUGUGUGUGUGUGUGUGUCUGUGUCUGUGUCUGUCUGUCUGUCUGCCUGCCUGCCUGCCUGCCUGCCUGCCUCUGUGCCUGUCUGCCUGCCUGCCUCUGUGCCUGUCUGCCUGCCUGCCUCUGUGCCUGCCUGCCUGCCUGCCUGCCUGCCUGCCUGCCUGCCUGCCUGCCUGCCUCUGUGCCUGUCUGCCUGCCAGCCUGCCUGCCUGCCUGCCUGCCUGCCUGCCUCUGUGCCUGUCUGUCUGCCUGCCUUCCUCUGUGCCUGUCUGCCUGUCUGCCUGCCUCUGUGCCUGUCUGCCUGCCUGCCUGCCUCUGUGCCUGUCUGCCUGCCUCUGUGCCUGUCUGCCUGCCUCUGUGCCUGUCUGCCUGCUGCCUGCCUCUGUGCCUGUCUGCCUGUCUGCCUGCCUCUGUGCCUGUCUGCCUGCGUGUGGUUGGAUGGCUGGAUGGUUGGAUUGUUGGAUGGCUGGUUGGAUGAAAGAGAGAAAGAGAGAGAGAGUGAAGGAGAGUGAAGGAGGAGGAGUGAUGAUGUGUCCUCUUGUGAUGUAGUGAGUCAUGGUGGCAACCCGGUAACUGCAGCAACCCCGUUGCCAUGGCGUGCCCCCUGGACAUUCCACUGACCUGCCUUUUAAAGAAUUACAACGUCAGAGUGAGGGCGGAGCUAGGAGAGCAGACGUCAGCCUGGAAAUACCUGGAAGCCACAGUACAGCCCUGGGCAGACAGUAAGACACAGUACAGCCCUGGGCAGACAGUAAGACACAGUACAGCCCUGGGCAGACAGUAAGACACACAGUACAGCCCUGGGCAGACAGUAAGACACAGUACAGCCCUGGGCAGACAGUAAGACACAGUACAGCCCUGGGCAGACAGUAAGACCACAGUACAGCCCUGGGCAGACAGUAAGACACACAGUACAGCCCUGGGCAGACAGUAAGACACAGUACAGCCCUGGGCAGGACAGUAAGACACAGUACAGCCCUGGGCAGACAGUUAAGACACAGUACAGCCCUGGGCAGACAGUAAGACACAGUACAGCCCUGGGCAGACAGUAAGACACACAGUACAGCCCUGGGCAGACAGUAAGACACAGUACAGCCCUGGGCAGACAGUAAGACACACAGUACAGCCCUGGGCAGACAGUAAGACACAGUACAGCCCUGGGCAGACAGUAAGACACAGUACAGCCCUGGGCAGACAGUAAGACACAGUACAGCCCUGGGCAGACAGUAAGACACAGUACAGCCCUGGGCAGACAGUAAGACACAGUACAGCCCUGGGCAGACAGUAAGACACAGUACAGCCCUGGGCAGACAGUAAGACACAGUACAGCCCUGGGCAGACAGUAAGACACAGUACAGCCCAGCCCUGGGGCAGACAGUAAGACACACAGUACAGCCCUGGGCAGACAGUAAGACCACAGUACAGCCCUGGGCAGACAGUAAGACACAGUACAGCCCUGGGGACACAGUACAGCCCUGGGCAGACAGUAAGACACAGUACAGCCCUGGGCAGACAGUAGACACAGUACAGCCCUGGGCAGACAGUAAGACACACCAGUACAGCCCUGGGCAGACAGUAAGACACAGUACAGCCCUGGGCCAGACAGUAAGGACACAGUACAGCCCUGGGCAGACAGUAACACACAGUACAGCCUGGGCAGACAGUAAGACACAGUUACAGCCCUGGGCAGACAGUUAAGACCACACAGUACAGCCCUGGGCAGACAGUAAGACACAGUACAGCCAUGGGCAGACAGUUAAGACACAGUACAGCCCUGGGCAGACAGUAAGACACAGUACAGCCCUGGGCAGACAGACAGUAAGACACACAGUACAGCCCUGGGCAGACAGUAAGAGAUUAACCUAAAUGCUAACUGUGUGUGUGUGUGUGUGUGUGUGUGUGUGUGUGUGUGUGUGUGUGUGUGUGUGUGUGUGUGUGUGUGUGUGUUGUGUGUGUGUGUGUGUGUGUGUGGUGUGUUGUGUGUGUGUGUGUGUGUGCAGCAGUGUUUGAGUGCCCCCGGUCUGAAGUUGAAGGUGGAGAACCAGAGUGUAUUUGUGUCGCUGCGCCAUCCUUCUCAGAACAUCUUCAAACUCUACAACAUCACACUGCUGCAGAUCGCACAACAUCACAAUACCACGGUGAGACCACAACAUCACAAUACCACGGUGAGACCACAACAUCACAAUACCACGGUGAGACCACAACAUCACAAUACCACGGUGAGACCACAGCAACACAAUACCACGGUGAGACCACAACAUCACAAUACCACGGUGAGACCACAACAUCACAAUACCACGGUGAGACCACAACAUCACAAUACCACGGUGAGACCACAGCAAACACAAUACCACGGUGAGCCCACAAGGCAACACAAUACCACGGUGAGGACCACAACAUCACAAUACCACGGUGAGACCACAGCAACACAAUACCACGGUUUGAGACCACAACAUCACAAUACCACGGUUGAUUGCGGACCACAACAUCACAAUAACCACGGUUGAGGACCACAGCAACACAAUACCAACGGUGAGACCACAACAACACAAUACCCGGGUGAGACCACAACAUCACAAUACCACGGCGUAAGACCACAGCAACACAAUAACCACGGUUGAGACCACAACAUCCCAAUCACACGGUGAGACCACAACAUCACAAACUACCCUACGGUGAGAACCACAAUCAUCACAAUUUACCACGGUGGCUGAGACCACACCCAUCAACAAUACCACGGUUGAGACAACAACAUCGACAAUACCACGGUGAGACCACAGCAACACAACUACCAACGGUGAGGACCCACAGCAACAUCACAAUACCACCGGUUGAGACCACAACAUUCACAAAUACCACGGUUGAGGACCACCAACAUCACAAUCACACGGUUGAGACCACAACAUCACAAAUACCACGGGUGAGACCACAACAUCACAAUACCACGGUGAGACCACAAACAUCACAAUACCACGGUGAGACCACAACAUCACAAUACCACGGUGAGACCACAACAUCACACAAUACCACGGUGAGACCACACACUCACAAACAUCACCAAUACCACGGUGAGACCACAACAGCACAAUACCACGGUGAGACCACAACAUCACACAGCAACACAAUACCACGGUGAGACCACAACAUCACAAUACCAUGGUGAGACCACAACAUCACAAUACCACGGUGAGACCACAACAUCACACAGCAACACAAUACCACGGUGAGACCACAACAAUCACAAUACCACGGUGAGACCACAACAUCACAAUACCACGGUGAGACCACAACAUCACACAACAUCACAAUACCACGGUGAGACCACAACAUCACAAUACCACGGUGAGACCACAACAUCACAAUACCACGGUGAGACCACAACCACAUCCACACAGCAACACAAUACCACGGUGAGACCACAACAUCACAAUACCACGGUGAGACCACAACAUCACACAACCAUCACAAUACCCACGGUGAGACCACAACAUCACAAUACCACGGUGAGACCACAACAUCACAAUACCACGGUUGAGACCACAACAUCACACAGCAACACAAUACCACGGUGAGACCACAACAUCACAAUACCAACGGUGAGACCACAACAUCACAAUACCACGGUGAGACCACAACAUCACACAGCAACACAAUACCACGGUGAGACCACAACAUCACAAUACCACGGUGAGACCACAACAUCACACUGCUGCAGAUCACACAGCAACACAAUACCACGGUGAGACCACAACAUCACAAUACCACGGUGAGACCACAACAUCACAAUACCACGGUGAGACCACAACAUCACACAGCAACACAAUACGACGGUGAGACCACAACAUCACAAUACCACGGUGAGACCACAACAUCACAAUACCACGGUGAGACCACAAACAUCACAAUACCACGGUGAGACCACAACAUCACACAGCAACACAAUACCACGGUGAGACCACAACAUCACAAUACCACGGUGAGACCACAACAUCACAAUACCACGGUGAGACCACAACAUCACACAGCAACACAAUACCACGGUGAGACCACAACAUCACAAUACCACGGUGAGACCACAACAUCACACAGCAACACAAUACCACGGUGAGACCACAACAUCACAAUACCACGGUGAGACCACAACAUCACACAGCAACACAAUACCACGGUGAGACCACAACAUCACAAUACCACGGUGAGACCACAACAUCACAAUACCACGGUGAGACCACAACAUCACACAGCAACACAAUACCACGGUGAGACCACAACAUCACACAGCUGCAGAUCACACAGCAACACAAUACCAAGGUGAGACCACAACAUCACACAGCAACACAAUACCAAGGUGAGACCACAACAUCACACAGCAACACAAUACCACGGUGAGACCACAACAUCACACUGCUGCAGAUCACACAACAUCACAAUACCACGGUGAGACCACAACAUCACACUGCUGCAGAUCACACAACAUCACAAUACCACGGUGAGACCACAACAUCACACUGCUGCAGAUCACACAACAUCACAAUACCACGGUUGAGACCACAACAUCACACUGCUGCAGAUCACACAACAUCACAAUACCACGGUGAGACCACAACAUCACACAGCAAACACAAUACCACGGUGAGACCACAACAUCACACAGCAACACAAUACCACGGUGAGACCACAACAUCGCACAGCAACACAAUACCACGGUGAGACCACAACAUCACACUGCUGCAGAUCACACAGCAACAAAAUACCACGGUGAGACCACAACAUCGCACAGCAACACAAUACCACGGUGAGACCACAACAUCACACUGCUGCAGAUCACACAGCAACACAAUACCACGGUGAGACCACAACAUCGCACAGCAACACAAUACCACGGUGAGACCACAACAUCACACUGCUGCAGAUCACACAGCAACACAAUACCACGGUGAGACCACAACAUCACACAGCAACACAAUACCACGGUGAGACCACAACAUCACACAGCAACACAAUACCACGGUGAGACCACAACAUCACAAUACCACGGUGAGACCACAACAUCGCACUGCUGCAGAUCGCACAGCAACACAAUACCACGGUGAGACCACAACAUCACAAUACCACGGUGAGACCACAACAUCGCACUGCUGCAGAUCGCACAGCAACACAAUACCACGGUGAGACCACAACAUCACAAUACCACGGUGAGACCACAACAUCACACUGCUGCAGAUCGCACAGCAACACAAUACCACGGUGAGACCACAACAUCACACAGCAACACAAUACCACGGUGAGACCACAACAUCGCACAGCAACACAAUACCACGGUGAGACCACAACAUCGCACAGCAACACAAUACCACGGUGAGACCACAACACACACUGCUGCAGAUCACACAACAUCACAAUACCACGGUGAGACCACAACAUCACACUGCUGCAGAUCACACAACAUCACAAUACCACGGUGAGACCACAACAUCACACUGCUGCAGAUCACACAACAUCACAAUACCACGGUGAGACCACAACAUCACACUGCUGCAGAUCACACAACAUCACAAUACCACGGUGAGACCACAACAUCACACUGCUGCAGAUCACACAACAUCACAAUACCACAGUGAGACCACAACAUCACACAGCAACACAAUACCACGGUGAGACCACAACGUCGCACAGCAACACAAUACCACGGUGAGACCACAACAUCACACAGCAACACAAUACCACGGUGAGACCACAACAUCGCACAGCAACACAAUACCACGGUGAGACCACAACGUCGCACAGCAACACAAUACCACGGUGAGACCACAACGUCGCACAGCAACACAAUACCACGGUGAGACCACAACAUCACACAGCAACACAAUACCACGGUGAGACCACAACACACACAGCAACACAAUACCACGGUGAGACCACAACAUCACAAUACCACGGUGAGACCACAACAUCGCACAGCAACACAAUACCACGGUGAGACCACAACAUCACACAGCAACACAAUACCACAGUGAGACCACAACAUCACAAUACCACGGUGAGACCACAACAUCACAAUACCACGGUGAGACCACAACAUCACAAUACCACGGUGAGACCACAACAUCACACAGCAACACAAUACCACGGUGAGACCACAACAUCACAAUACCACGGUGAGACCACAACAUCGCACAGCAACACAAUACCACGGUGAGACCACAACAUCACAAUACCACGGUGAGACCACAACGUCGCACAGCAACACAAUACCACGGUGAGACCACAACAUCACACAGCAACACAAUACCACAGUGAGACCACAACAUCACAAUACCACGGUGAGACCACAACGUCGCACAGCAACACAAUACCACGGUGAGACCACAACAUCACAAUACCACGGUGAGACCACAACAUCACACAGCAACACAUACCACGGUGAGACCACAACAUCACACAGCAACACAAUACCACGGUGAGACCACAACAUCACACAGCAACACAAUACCACGGUGAGACCACAACAUCACACAGCAACACAAUACCACGGUGAGACCACAACGUCGCACAGCAACACAAUACCACGGUGAGACCACAACGUCGCACAGCAACACAAUACCACGGUGAGACCACAACACACACACACACACACACACACACACACCCCAAAAUCAUGCAAAAUGAAGUGUUUUCAACAGGGUCCUUGUUGAUGUGUGUGUAGGUUCUAUCCGACGUUGAGUCGGGCUCAAAGAGAGAGUUCUCCCUCCUCCCUCCAGACCACACCUACUGCAUCUUGGCCUCAGCCAAUCACUACAGCCUACGCCGUCACAUGACUGGUGAGAGGUGUGUCAAACUGCCAGGUACACACUCACACACAGCCCACCUCUACACACACACACACUCACACACAGCCCACCUCUACACACACACACACACUCACACACAGCCCACCUCUACACACACACACACUCACACACAGCCCACCUCUACACACACACACACUCACACACAGCCCACCUCUACACACACACACACACACACAGCCCACCUCUACACACACACACACUCACACACAGCCCACCUCUACACACACACACACAGUUCAGUUCUCAUUGUAAUUCAUUGUAAAUCUCAUUGUAAUUCAGUUUAGUCACAUGAUUUCUCAAUUUUCAGUACGUUUGCCAAUCGGUUGUGCUGCCAGACUUAUUUGCCAUUCCUUUUGCCUCAUCCCUCUCAACCAAACCAUUUUUCAAUUCCUCAUCAAUCCAUGGGGAUUUAACAGUUUUUACAGUCAUUUUCUUUAAUGGGUGCAUGCUUAUUAGUAAUUGGAAUAAGCAAUUUCAUAAAUGUGUAAAGUGCAGCGUCUGGUUGCUCCUCAUUACACACCACAGACCAACUAAUAUUCUUUACAUCAACAACGUAUGAAUCAUGUUGGUCCUCUGUAGCUCAGCAGGUAGAGCACGGCGCUUGUAACGCCAGGGUAGUGGGUUCGAUCUCCGGGACCACCCAUACACAAAAAAAAAAUAUGUAUGCACGCAUGACUAAGUCGCUUUGGAUAAAAGCAUCUGCUAAAUGGCAUAUUAUUAUUAUAUUGUAAUCACUACAUCUGAUGGAUUUGGAUACUGCUCUAAAGCAAAUUUCUGUAGCAUUAGUAAAGAUGUGAUCAAUACAUGUUGAUGAUUUCAUUGCUAUGCUGUUUGUAACUGCCCUGGUAGGUUGACUGAUUGUCACGAUCGUCAUAUUGAACAGACCAAGGCGCAGGGUGAUGAACGAACAUACUUUAAUUAGUUAAAGUGUAAACACGAUACAAAAACAAGAAACGACUCGUGAAGUCCACGGUAACAAUGACCGAACACGGAACAAGAACCCACAAACACAAAGGGAAAAUAGACAGUAUAAAUAUGGCUCCCAAUCAGAGACAACCAACGACAGCUGACACUCGUUGCCUCUGAUUGGGAGUCACUCUAGCCAACAUAGAAAUAAACACAACAGAAUUACCAACAUAGAAAUAAACACAAAGAAUGAACACACCCUGGCUCAACAUAUAGAGUCCCAGAGCCAGGGUGUGACACUGAUAACCUGAACCAGGUGGUAGGCACUAGUUACAGUUUGAAGCUUUCUCUUGAGUGGGCAGCUUGAUGAAAGCCAGUCAAUAUUUAAAUCACCCAGAAAAUAUACCUCUCUGUUGAUAUCACAUACAUUAUCAAGCAUUUCACACAUGUUAUCCAGAUACUGACUGUUAGCACUUGGUGGUCUAUAGCAGCUUCCCACCAGAAUGGGCUUUAGGUGAGGCAGAUGAACCUGUAGUCUUAUUACUUCAACAGUAUUUAACAUGAGAUCCUCUCUAAGCUUUACAGGAAUGUGGUUCUGAAUAUAAACAGCCACACCUCCACCUUUGGCAUUUCUGUAUUUUCUGUAGAUGUUAUAACCUUGUAUUGCUACCACUGUAUCAUCAAAGGAAUUAUUUAAGUGAGUUUCAGAGAUCGUCAGAAUAUGAAUGUAAUCUGUUACUAGCAAAUUAUUGAUUUCAUGAACAUUGUUUCUUAAGCUACAUAUGUUAAAGUGGGCUAUUUGUAACACUUUUCUGUGAUGCUUGAUUGUUUUUCUUGCUUUACUGGGAAGCUUAGCAGAGGUAGACAUACUCAGGUUAUUUAUGUUAGUGCACGGUGAGCUGCACACAGUGGACUUCCAGCUAGGGCACACCACUUCAGUGCUAACAGUAUAACUCUGGUUCAUAGGCAUAUGAUUACUGCAUACAAUAGCUGUAGGAUCAGCAGAGGCAUUCCUGGCAGUAAGAGGGACAUAAAUUAGGUUACUGACAUUGUGUCUGCCAACGCCCCUGGGAUAAUCUACAUUUGCUGAAGCAUUAUAACAACACAGCGACACAAUGGUAGGGAUUAACUGAGCUGGGCUUGGGUCAUUGAUAAGUCAUUGUCUCAAAGCAGCCAUAUAAUGCUGUGAAAGGAUCCAGGAACCCAAAUUAUUUGGGUGGAUCCCAUCCUCCUUAUAAAAUGAGUUUUGUUUCCAGAAGGAAUCAAAAUUGUCAAUAAAUGUUACACCCACAGAGCUGCAAUAGUCUCGUAGCCAGUUAUGGAAGCUAAAAGUCUACUGAACCUUUCAAUGCCAUGAUUUAGGGAGAGCAGAGGGCCAGAUAUUAUGGGGUGUAGUUUCAGAUUGAUCAAACUGUUUAAGACUGAAAAGAGCUUCAUUAGAUUAAACUGUUUCCUUCCUUCUGUGCGUGCGUGCGCGCGUGUGUGUGUGUGUGUGUGUGUCCAGGUCAGCCAAGCCUGGUGGGCGUGACUGUGGGCGUGACUGUGGGCGUUCUGCUCCUGCUGCUGGCUGUUCUGAUUUGUCUGAUCGCUGUGAGACGCUACUUCCUGAGGAGCACAGACCCCCCUCCCACAGCUCUGGUACCUACCUGCUAAACCUUAAUAAUAAUAUCUGUGUCUGUAUGCAACAAGAUCUCAUUGUUUCACAUCGAAAUUUGACGUACUAUGGACAAAAGUCCAUUUCUUAGGACUGCAGGUUUUGAGGGUUCGACAGUUAACAGUUUAGGUGCCAACUGGUUAAGAUUAGGGCUAAGGUUUGAGAUAGUGUUAAAAAAUAUAUAUACAUUUAGGGAAAAAAGUAUUUGAUUCCCUGCUGAUUUUUUACGUUUGCCGACUGACAAAGACAUGAUCAGUCUAUAUUUUUAAUAGUAGGUUUAUUUGAACAGUUAGAGACAGAAUAACAACAAAAAAAUCCAGAAAAACGCAUGUCAAAAAAUGUUAUAAUUUGAUUUGCAUUUUAAUGAGGGAAAUAAGUAUUUGACCCCUCUGCAAAACAUGACUUAGUACAUGGUGGCAAAACCCUUGUUGGCAAUCACAGAGGUCAGACGUUUCUUGUAGUUGGCCACCAGGUUUGCACUCAUCUCAGGAGGGAUUUUGUCCCACUCCUCUUUGCAGAUCUUCUCCAAGUCAUUAACGUUUCGAGCCUGACGUUUGGCAACUCGAACCUUCAGCUCCCUCCACAGAUUUUCUAUGGGAUUAAGGUCUGGAGACUGGCUAGGCCACUCCAGGACCUUAAUGUUCUUCUUCUUGAGCCACUCCUUUGUUGCCUUGGCCGUGUGUUUUGGGUCACUGUCAUGCUGGAAUAUCCAUCCACGACCCAUUUUCAAUGCCCUGGCUGAGGGAAGGAGGUUCUCAAGAUUUGACGGUACAUGGCCCCGUCCAUCGUCCCUUUGAUGCGGUGAAGUUGUCCUGUCCCCUUAGCAGAAAAACACCCCCAAAGCAUAAUGUUUCCACCUCCAUGUUUGACAGUGGGGAUGGUGUUCUUGGGGUCAUAGGCAGCAUUCCUCCUCCUCCAAACACGGCGAGUUGAGUUGAUGCCAAAGAGCUCGAUUUUGGUCUCAUCUGACCACAACACUUUCACCCAGUUCUCCUCUGAAUCAUUCAGAUAUUCAUUGGCAAACUUCAGACGGGCAGUAUAUGUGCUUUCUUGAGCAGGGGGACCUUGCGGGCGCUGCAGGAUUUCAGUCCUUCACGGCGUAGUGUGUUACCAAUUGUUUUCUUGGUGACUAUGGUCCCAGCUGCCUUGAGAUCAUUGACAAGAUCCUCCCGUGUAGUUCUGGGCUGAUUCCUCACCGUUCUCAUGAUCAUUGCAACUCCACGAGGUGAGAUCUUGCAUGGAGCCCCAGGCCGAGGGAGAUUGACAGUUCUUUUGUGUUUCUUCCAUUUGCGAAUAAUUGCACCAACUGUUGUCACCUUCUCACCAAGCUGCUUGGCGAUGGUCUUGUAGCCCAUUCCAGCCUUGUUUAGGUCUACAAUCCUGUCCCUGACAUCCUUGGAGAGCUCUUUGGUCUUGGCCAUGGUGGAGAGUUUGGAAUCUGAUUGAUUGAUUGCUUCUGUCGACAGGUGUCUUUUAUACAGGUAACAAGCUGAGAUUAGGAGCACUCCCUUUAAGAGUGUGCUCCUAAUCUCAGCUCGUUACCUGUAUAAAAGACACCUGGGAGACAGAAAUCUUUCUGAUUGAGAGGGGGUCAAAUACUUAUUUCCCUCAUUAAAAUGCAAAUCAAUUUAUAACAUUUUUGACAUGCGUUUUUCUGGAUUUUGAUGUUGUUAUUCUGUCUCUCACUGUUCCAAUAAACCUACCAUUAAAAUUAUGUCAGUGGACAAACGUACAAAAUCAGCAGGGGAUCAAAUACUUUUUUCCCUCACUGUAUAUAUACACAUGUUUACAUCAAGUAGUCUAGUGGCCUCGAGUUGUCAAUGGUGAUGGCUUAAUGGAGUAAGCUGCUGCCUAUGGCUCUGAGGUUUGUGGGUUUGAUUCCAGUGCUAAUCAGUCUUGCUUCAUUUUUUGGGUGAGCGCAAAAUCAGCGGUCAGUUUUCAAUGUUUGGGGGACCUGGACAAACGUCUAAUAUUGAAGUCCACAUUUAGUGAUCUCCCUGGUGUGUGCAUGCAUGUUUGUGUGUUAACUCUGUCUCGGUGUGUUUGUAUGUGUGUGUUUGUGUGUGUGCAGGGUUUGUGUGUGCGUUCAGCAGGGUGCGUGAUGACUCCGGAGAAGGUGGGGUGUGUCCCAGUGAUGUGGGUAGAGCCAGAGAGCUGUGGGACUGCCCCCUCUGGUUACCAGGAUUACCUGCUGAGAGCCGUCGUUACAUUUCACCUUGACGACCGCCUGGAGACAGAUACCCUCCUACCACAUUCAGAUAUAGGAACCCCUCGAACAGUCACCCUACUGACCCUGUCUCCCUCCUCUCCCUCCUCUCCCUCCUCUCCCCCCCGCUCUGACUAUAGUCUGGCCUGGGACAGUGUAUCCAGCCAGAGCGACACAGGGACACACACAGACAGAACUACUAACAUAACUACAGACAUAACUAUGGACAUAACUACUGACAGAACUAUGGACAUAACUACUGACAUAACUACAGACAGAACUAUGGAC